UAAACCGGAUGUUGUCCGAAUGUCAAAGAUGGCGUAUCACAUGUCCUGAUGGAGUUCAUCCUACCUGCCCUCAAAUAUGAUUUGACUGUAUUUUAAGAACUUAACGCAUUCGUAGAUGGUAAAAGUUUGCUUGACACAGCUGAGAUGGCUUUGAGUGAAAUUAGUCGAAGUGUUCGGCUGCUUUUAGGUCAAAUUCAACGGUGUCGUCCGACUGUGGUGUCAGGACAGUCCGCUCGGUGUCUGAGCCAGGCUGCGUCCGAGCCGAAGCCCAUCCCCGAGGAAAAUGAAGCCGUGAACCCGACAUUUGUGAACAGAAACCCACGGAACCUGGAGCAGAUGGCUCUGGCUGUGAAGGACCGAGGCUGGAAGACGACCUGGCCCCAUAGAGAGUUUUACCAUAGGUUGAUGUUUUCACGGUCGCAGCACCAUGUGACGGCUCAGGUGUUCUCCAGCAGCUCUCCUGUCCCAGUGAUUUCCUGUUCAACUAAAGAGUGGGCUGUGAAAAAGCAUUUGAGUUCCACAAAGUGUGUGGCAGCAUGUCAGGCUGUGGGCGAGGUGCUGGCUCAACGUUGCCAGCAGGCUGGUAUCACGAGGAUGGUGUACAGAGCGAUUCCCUGGACAUAUCGGUCUGAUGCUGCUCAGUCAUUCAGGAAGGCAAUGAAAGACAGUGGAAUCAUCCUCAGUGAACCACGGAGGAAAUACAUUGGCACCUGAAUUUAGGUGCAGAUCUGUUUUGUAAAAUGAGUCUGUACUGUAGCCCUUUCUUUACAAUUGUGAAUUAUGACUGUGUAACACAAGGAUGAACCAGCACUGUGUGACCACCUAAAGAGGAUCUAGUCCUGUCUGUUCUUGUGAAUAUAUUUCUGAACAUAAA